UCUGAUUCAAUCUUUACUAUGAGUAUUUCGUACCUGCUGGUUGCACUUUGUUUCCUUGUCGGCGCUGAGUCUCGAUAUGCCAAAGUUGAGGCGAAUCUUGCAGUGACUGUGAUCGAGGAUACUCCGCGUCAGUUUAGCGCGGAUCAGGUGCGCCUCUGCGCCCAGCAGACGGAGCUGUCCUUGAAGGAGCUGCUGCAGUUUCACACCAACGAUGCCACAAAUGUCACUGAGGCCACUCAAUGCUUCACGCAUUGCCUCUACGAGCAGAUGGGUCUGAUGCACGACGGUGUCUUUGUGGAGCAGGACUUGGUUGGCCAUCUGUCGGAUGCAAUCAAUCCCACCUGGUGGCCACAACGCGCCUGUCAUUCACUCCGCGGCGCCAACAAGUGCGAAACUGCCCACAAGAUUCAUCAAUGCAUUCAGCAGGUCCAGACUGAGAAAUUCAACCUGGACAACGGCAAGGCUGAGGCAACUGCGAGCCCAGUUACGGAAACUAAUGCUAUAAAUUGAGCCAGUUUAUUGUGGAUAUGCAUAAUUAUUAACACCUUUAUAUAUUAGCUGGUGCUGGUCAACGUUCUAUGCUAAGCCCUUAAUACCUGCACAUUUUAUUAAACCAUAUGGCGAAU